ACAGACAAUUACAUUCAUACAUUUUUCUAAAGUAAAAUCGUAGUCUCUGUACGAAAAUACAUUUAAAACGGUUACACAUUUCACAACAAUUAGUAAUAAUAGUAAAAAGAAUCGGCUAAAAGUUUAUUGCGACGCGAUUAAGCGAACCUUUAAGCGUCAGAGCGUGAGACCGACGUGCAAUGUUUAGGAUUCGCGUCAAAAUGGGUCCACAACGUAAUCACAACAACAACAACAACAAUGGGGGCGGCAACAGCAACAACAAUCGCAUUAACAAGGAGUGGACCUGCUGUUUUGGCCUGCAUGUCCACACCGCAACAUUGAUGAUUGGCCUAUGGCAUCUGUUCCUCAACAUUCUUGCCCUCAGCGUUCUCGCCGUCAUUUGGCGCAACCCGGAUAUGAUGGAUGAAUUGGAAAGCGGCAGUCACGAUUUCACAGUCGAUCUUAAUGCGCCUGCCUUGCCCACACCUCUCAGCAAGGUGGAUCCCCCCUACGCCUAUCGUGAUCACUCCCUCAACUAUCGUAAGCGUUACCAGAACUUUGACAUGGGUGGCUUGGUCUGCACCUGCAUGAUAGCCAUUACGCUGAUGAUGAUCUAUGGCACCAUCAAGGGCAAACCGUCUCAUUUGUUGCCCUUCUUCUGUCUGCAAUUGUUUGACUUUGCCAUUACCACUUUGACGGCCGCUGGUUACCUUUGCUAUCUUCACACCAUGCAUCGCAUCAUUUCCGAGUCGCAUCGGCUGCCAUGGCGCGAGAAGUUGUUGAAGCUGCCCCAAGAGGAGCUCGUGCUUGUUGUGCUCGUAGUCUUUGUGUGCAUUGUGUUCCUUAAAGCCUACUGCAUCGGCAUUGUCUGGCGAUGCUACAAGUACUUGACUCUCCGGCAGCAACACUUGCGCAGCCUGUUGCCAUGCGUAAUGACAGAUACUGUGCUCCAUGGUGGACUUGGUGGUGGCGGCUUUGGUGCCGAGGAGCGUGCAUAUUCCACGCUGUUGCCCAAUUAUGAUGAGGCCAUUGCUCAGUAUUUGAAGCAGGCACCGCCACCAUCAUAUCAGGUAGCCAUGUCCAACUAUCAGAAUGAGGAUGAGGCUGCCGCUGGAGGAGCACAGUCUGGUGCUGAUGCUGGCGGUAGUACUCCGCUGUUUGUGGCUCUUGAUGCGGUUACCGUCAAUGCGGCCUCCAAUACGGAUGACAACCUGGACAACAACAACGACGUACCCAACAAUAACAACACGGUUCAUGUGAAUGCCAACACGCCACCGAUGCGACGCAGUGAGCAGGCAACCUCAUCUGCCGCCUCUGGCUCCGACGAUGAUAACGAUGUCGAUGUCGAUGGCGAUGGCGAUGAUGAUGACGAUGUCGAUGCUGAUCUGGAGAUAAUCGAUGCUGAUGAGGAUCUCAUGGAAUGCAAGUUGCCGCCACCACCGCCGCCGUACAAUGAUGUUAACGAUGCUCAAGUGCAAAUGCCAUCGCCGUCCCGGCUUAAUCGCCAGGUGAACAUACCCGGCCAGGUGCCCGGACGCAACGAGAGCCAGGCCUAAGUUGUGAUUUCAUUUAAGUUGUUUUUAUUUCUCACUAUUAUUGUGUGUUGUGAGCAAUCCCUCACCAACACGUUCCUCCCUCCCUUGCCCAACCAUCAACCUAUCAAUGGGGUUUCCAUAUCCCACAUAAUCCACUCCAUUGGGCGCUGCAAACAAAAUAUCAAAAAAUACAAUUUGAAUUGCGAUGGAUUCGUCAAAAUGCAAGCCCAAAAUUACAAUUUUUAUGCAUAAACUUAUUACGCAAUGAAUGUAAUUAUUUAAGAAACACAUAGAAAAAAGGAAGAAAAAUCCCUUAAAAUUUAAACUUCUUGCAGUCGCAUAUUGUUGUUUGACCCAAAAUAAAAACAAACUUAUAAUCUAAUUGAAUAAUCGCUGGAUUUUACGCUAAAAGUUACAUAAAUGUAAAUUUCUAAGCCGCGUCUGUUGCAACCUGCAAUGAUUUGUUAAAGGUUUGGCACUCUAUUGUGUUAGCCAAUUUGUGAAUGUUUUCUUUUAAUUUCGUUACUCCGUGAGUUUUACAUAGUUAAGCACAAGUAGUUGUUACCAAAAAAUAAUAAAAUGAGAGCCAAGCGGCAGCUGCAAGAUGAAUCUGAGGGAAAAUCUAUCGAUGUGAACGUAUGUUCAGUAAUUAAGAUAAUUCGUAAGACUAACUGUAUUAUUAUUAAAUUUUAUAUCUUUAUUUGUAUCUAAGUUGAUGUAUCAAUUACAAAUAUGUACCACAUUUCACAUACAUCCCAAGACAGACCCAUCAUAUUUUAUGUGUGUACAAUAUCUAAAUAUAUAUAAACUGUAUACCGUAUACUGUAUUCUAAAUAUGCAAAGAUAUUCGAAUAAAUAUUAGUUUCAAAUAAAUAA